AUGGCGACCGCCAUUACAGAAAGGGCAGCAAAGUGUGGCAUGACCUCUAAGAUGGCGGGGCUUGAGAGCGCUGAUGUCACUGGGAUGCCUGUAGCUCGCACCGACAUCAGAGAAAAGACGAGGAGAGAAACCGAAGAAAACAUAUGGGGUUUAAUUAAAUGCGGACAGGACGGAUCCGAUCGGAUGGGAGCUGGGAACACACGAGCUGUGGCCGUCAUGCUGCAGGGCUACAGUGCAGGAAUGCUAAUGCAAACACGUCAGGGCUUCUUCAAGCGCACGGUGCAGAACAACAAGCGCUACACAUGUAUAGAGAACCAGAGCUGUCAAAUAGACAAGACCCAGCGGAAACGCUGCCCCUACUGUCGCUUCCAGAAGUGCCUCACUGUCGGCAUGAAACUGGAGGCUGUGAGGGCUGAUCGAAUGAGAGGAGGUCGCAACAAGUUUGGCCCCAUGUACAAAAGAGACCGGGCGCUCAAGCAACAGAAAAAAGCCUUGAUCCGGGCCAACGGACUCAAGCUGGAGGCCAUGACGCAAGCCAUGCAAACCAUCCCAGCAGACCUCACCAUUACCUCUGCCAUUCAGAACAUCCAUUCGGCCUCCAAGGGGCUUCCACUGAGCCACCACCAUCAUCACCACCACCAUCACCACCACCACAGCUCCUCCAGCGCAGGCCUGCCACCUGCAGACUUUGACUGCAAUCCCUUCGUCACCUCGCCGGUCAGCAUGGCCAUGCCGCCGCACGCCGGAGGACUCCAGGGUUACCAGGCAUACGGCCACUUUCAGAGCCGCACCAUCAAGUCAGAGUAUCCCGACCCCUACACAAGCUCGCCGGAGUCCCUCAUGGGCUACCCGUACGUAGAAGCCUACGCGGGUGGAUCGCCGCCCACCUUCCCUCACCUGGUGGUGGAGCUGCUCAAGUGCGAGCCGGACGAGCCCCAGGUGCAAGCGAAGAUCCUAGCUUACCUCCAGCAGGAGCAGGCCAGCCGAGGCAAGCACGAGAAGCUCAACACUUUUGGCCUCAUGUGCAAGAUGGCCGACCAGACACUGUUCUCCAUUGUGGAAUGGGCCAGGAGCAGCAUCUUCUUCAGGGAACUGAAGGUUGACGACCAAAUGAAGCUUCUCCAGAACUGUUGGAGUGAACUCCUCAUCCUGGACCACGUUUUCCGGCAGGUGAUACACGCCAAAGAGGGCUCCAUCCUCCUGGUCACGGGGCAACAGGUGGAUUACGCCCUAAUUGCCUCCCAAGCCGGUGCCACACUCAACAACCUCCUUAGUCACGCGCAGGAGCUGGUGAGCAAACUACGAUCCCUCCAGCUGGACCAGAGGGAGUUUGUCUGCCUCAAGUUCCUGGUGCUGUUCAGCUUGGACGUCAAGAACCUGGAGAACUUCCACCUGGUGGAGAGCGUCCAGGAACAGGUCAACGCAGCGCUGCUGGACUACGUCAUGUGCAACUAUCCUCAGCAGACAGACAAGUUCGGCCAGCUGCUGCUGCGGCUGCCGGAGAUCCGGGCCAUCAGCCUGCAGGCCGAGGAGUAUCUGUACUACAAACACCUGAACGGUGACGUGCCCUGUAACAAUCUACUUAUAGAGAUGCUGCACGCCAAACGUGCCUGAGGACCGGCGGCGAGCCUUUCGUCUCGACACAUCGCACACACUGCUCCCAGCACCACCUCAGUCCAGCGUCAUCACCAGACGAUGAAAUGUGCACGACAUGCGCACUGACUGCAUGGGUUUGCGGUGAGCUGGACACUUUGGACCUGAAAACCCGAAAGCGAGGGUUUGGCUCGAAAGGUAGAUGCAUUUCUGGUAAAGAAAUUAAAUGAACAAAUCAAGAGUUAUAAUGACCUCUAGGCUGUGGAUUUGUCAUAGUAUUGUCGAACCACGACUGUCAGUCGUUAUUUGUUCUGUGUGCAGCUGAUCGAAACGUCCACCUUACACUCAGACUUGAGGUGGCGGGUUUAAGAUAACCGGGAAAGGACUGGGCGCUCUUUCAAGACUGGAAUUGCCAGCAUUGACCCAAAGUUUCCAUUAGGGCCUGGCCAUGUGGCCUUCCUCUGUCUGUUUUAAGGCACACAAGCUGGGCUGGAGCCAGUAGGCAGAGGUAAGAUGGACAACCAGCCAUUACCCGCAUUAGCGCCAACCAAGACUUUAUUCCAGCCCCUCACCAAAAAAAACAAAGCAUCCUAUUUCUCUUUUCAAAUGGGCAGCCAUUUCUUCUUUGACACUCUGAGGCUCCUUUUACCAAUAUUUUCUCUCCAAAAGUGGAAAAGAAAAGGAUGAAAAUCCCAAAACCUGUCAAGAACACAUCUGGGUUGUAUUUAAUCGUAUUUUUAUUCAAAGUCAACUGAAAUAAUGAUUAUUGAAUAAAAAGUAAUUCACAAUACAAAAUUAAUUUUGUAAGUAA